AUGCACUUCUUCGGCUCUCGUCCGCUGCUGCUGCUGCUUCUCGCAGCCUUGCGCCUGCCGGCCGGCGCUCUAGCUCUGGAUCUGGCAUACGACCUGCCCGACGAGCUGCUGGCCCUUUUCUCGCCCGAACACUCAUCCUCUUCCUCGUCCUCUUCAUCCUCGUCCUCUUCUUGCACCUACCCGGUCAAUUACACUCUCACCAACUUCUGCACCUUCUCGCCGCACAACGCCACGACCAACUCCACCGUCUCAUACGUCUCCUUCACCUUUACCGACGAAGGCACCCAGAUCACUACUCCCUGCUCCUACAACGCCUCUUCUACGUCGCUUACCGCUGGUACCCGCUACGCCGACCGCUAUGCCUGUGACAACAAGCUGGUCUCCUUCAUCUGGCAGCGCGGCGAAGCAACUCUUAUUGAAGUUACCUGUCCCGGCCAGACAUCGACCGUAUACGAGGCCUCCGGGGCUGUCGAGCCCUCCGAGCUGCAGUGCUCCGACAGCACGAACGGCACGCUCUGCACUACUGCUGCACCUCUGACCGCCGUCUUCACCAGCGACGAGCCCAGUCCCCUGCAGAGCACGACGACACGGAAGAUGCGUCAUGUGCGCCGCCAUGCGCCUGUCGUCUAG